AUGCUUGCGACCUCACCUCACUGCGCCCCUCCUGGCGUGAACGGGUUUGCGCUGCCGCAGUUGAAGCGGAAGCGAUCUGACUCGAGCGAGUCAACUACCACUCGAGAUGCACCGGUCGCAACAAAGCUACGAAUUAGUGAUGCGUCAGCAAAGCACAUCUCCGAGCAGCGCACCUCUGCGCCGUCCACUGGCAAGGGUGGCAAGGAUGAUGCAAGCGAUAUACCAGCGGAGCCUCUCACCGACCAGACUGCGAUGCGCGCCCCAGAUAUGCCACCUUUAUUGUCGAAUGGAGGUAGCUCUGACCCGUCCGCUCCUUCGCGCGACGACCAGAAGGGCUCAGCGCGCAAGGUCAAUGUAGACAGGUUGCGCGAAACUCUUGAAGCUCAGCUGAGCCUUGAGGUUUUGCUGAAACAUAACGAACUUCGCUUUAUCGACCAAGAGAUCGCUAAAUGUCAGGUCGCCUUGGAGCAACUGCGCCGAUGCGCCGAAAUCCCUUAUCCCGGUUCGCACGCUACUGGUCCAUCGCUUUCAGUCAGCAACGGAACAGGAAUGUCGGUAUGGGCUCCUGGAAAUGGACCUGCACCGCGUUCUCCAGCGCCUUGGGGCGUCACAAACGGCCCUUACACGCGCCACUACUCUCGAUGGUUGUUACCAGAUCCCCGUUUUGAUGGUGGCGAGGUUGAACCGAUGACACCUAUGGGCAUGGGCGCGACGACUCCUCUGGAAGGCCGUUCAACGCGCGGAAAUCCUAUCGACACUGCCUAUUUGGCUGGAAAAUCUACAAGACCUCAACGGGGAUCUACUGGGACGAAGCUUCAAUCUUUACCCAGCGGCUACCCAGCUCCUAAAGAGCGAGCUGGACCGAUGAUUAUCCGACGAAAGUCGGAUGGUGUUCUUGUCAAAUUAGUCUGCCUAGAUUGCCGGAGAGACAACUUUUCCAGCACACAGGGCUUCAUUAACCACUGUCGUAUCGCGCAUAACCGCAAUUUCGCAAGCCACGAUGCUGCCGCGAUGGCUUCUGGGGAACCUGUCGAUGUGGAUGAUGCUGGUGCCGUUAUUGGUGGCAAAAAUGAACCUUCAACUGGCUUAACGCCCGGUUUUGUCCAUCCCUUGAUCCGCUCCGCUCAUGGUAUCGAAUCGACACCUAGAACGCCAUCAGCGUCAGGAUCAUCGGAUACGGAACUCUUGAAGCGGUCAUCGACGGUGGAAACACCUCGUACUUCAUCAAAUACGCCAGUGGGGCCAAACAAACCUGCGACGAAAGCUGCAAACGACGCUUUUACUGCUUCUGAGGAUACUCCACACUUAUCGUCCUUAAUGAAAAUGCGAGGUGUUGGUCUCGACCUUGGCCAGUUAGUUGGAGAGGCCAAAACCGCAGUGGACCUCAAUGAAUACACUUCUGAUGAGGGCGACUCGGAACCGGAGCCUGAACCACCAACGCCGUCCGUAAAGACAAAGCCUAAUAAACCGCUCGCAACCCGUGCUGGACGCCAACCAAUGCGAACAACAGCUUCGCAGACAGCCUCUGAGCGCCCUGAUGGCCACAAGGGCGUCGAGCGGCCAAAUCAUAAGCCCCUUGCGCUGGAGACACUGACGCCUACCCGGCCGUCGGUGCCUUAUCAGUCUCCUUAUCCGCCGACCGGCCCUCAAGUGAACGAGUUGCGGGAGCUGGAUUUGAGCCCAAACACUGUUGAGUCAAAUCAAGCCCCCAGCCUUGUGAGCGAUGAUGACGACUAUGAAGUGGCGUCCGAUUCUGAUAGCCCCGGGCCCUGCUCAUCUGAUGCAGAGCAUGGGGACGACUUCGGCCUCAUUGAUGUCGAGGACGACGAUACGAAUGGUUCGACUACUGCCAGCGAUUCAAACCCUAAGGCAGACGUAGGGCUAGGCAGUGCCGCUAAGCCUUUGAAACAUGGCAGCAUACGAAAGAAAGGACAGUACCCGAUUUCGUCGUCAGUCGUUCCGCUCAGUCGGGGCAAAGAGGAGAAGCGUGUAAGCUUUAUAAGUCCAAGCUCAAGCCCCGACCAGGGCGAGGCCAAGAAGGAUAGCAAGCGAUCUCCUGAUCGAUAAAGAAGAUAGAAUUUCCGCCAUUCUUACUCGGCCCUUUGCUAUUUGAUCAUGUAUCUCUCUUCUACCGUGUAUGAAUCGAUACGUUAAGACCUUGCUGAGGCUUGUUCGGCCAUGCUCUGUUUGGCUUGCGGGGACGUUCUGGCUCAUUUAUGACUCAUGAUGUAUUAAAGCAAACAAUUUGAUAUUAUCGCUGAGG